AUGGCGACGAGACGUGUCUCUCAAGGGCUCCCGCUAAACUAUAGCGAUAUAGGCGAUCUAAGACGGUACCCAGCGAAACGAACAACAAUACCACACUCACAUAAGCUCCCUGCCACAGAGGGUAUGCAGUGGGAGGGUAAGAGACCCGCGCAAGAUCUGCUGGUACCGCGACUGACAGUGCGGCCUAGCUCACAACGGGCGGGAGAGACGGCCGCUCUCCUGACCCAGAGACGCUCCGACGAUACAUACAAUAUGAGCAAGCCCCGUUACCCCCCCUUCUGGACCGGCGGGGGUGAUCCCGGUCCACCCAGCGGAGAUGACCCACGGCGAGCCAAAGCAACACAGGCCGCCUCAUGGGCAAAGCGAGAGCGUAGAGCUUCACUUAAGAUGGCGGAAAUUACAGAAGCUGGGAGCCCCACUGAUGCUGCACAAGAUGUCCUGGCGAGGAUCCACAGACAUUUUAAAAGGUUCUGGAAGCAGCUGGAGUGCAGGCUAUAUCUACCACACAGUACUGACCUUCCUGAGCAGACACUACAGCCAAACCGGCGGUCAGCAGCCCAGCGCCAUGGCGCCCGAUCGACGCCACCGAAGAAGCCUCGCUUCCCGCCGGGCCAUCCACACACACGGCUCAGGCAAAUCAAUAAAAGCAAGCAGCACAGAGGAGACCCUUACGCGGCAACACAAAGUACAAAGCAGAAACUCUGGCGCAAGCGGCAAUACCUCGGUCAUAACCCGUUUGGUGAAAAGACCCUGCUGCAGCACAAGGGAUACCCUGUGAGGGAACCAAAAUGUAAUCCCUUAGACAUCGGCAAGGCCCGGUGUGUGAAGCCCAGACCCUCCAGACGAUCCAGUACGCAACAGCAAACACCAACUAUACUGCAUCUGUCGCCUGACGGGCCACUGGCAGCCCUGCAUGAACUGUCUCCACAUGGAAGCUUACAGCCCAGCCAGGGAAUUGGUUGAAUGACUGCUUGACUGUACUGGCAUGCCAGGCUUACUGCCAGGGCAGAUCACUCCUGCAUUGCCAGUGCUGUGUGGCUAACUGACCCAGUUCUCUUUGCCACCAGUUGAUGCUUAAAUGUUUUUGCUAGUUAUGUCUUUUUUUUUUUUUUUUAACAUUUUUUAUUUUUUUUAACCUUCAUCUCACGCUGACAUAGCUUUACAUAAAGGCUCUUAAGCCAUGCACCGUUAUAAUUGGAGUUUAUCUUAUAAAUGUAAAGUCAGCAUACGAUCACACUUAUAAUGAGCCUCAACACUAUACCUAACCUGUGUUGCUGUAGAUUAGAUCUGUCUGCAGUAGAUACAAUGCAGAUUUCGCAUCUAUAUCUAAUUAAGACUAACAGUGUUGUCGCAUUUAGCGUGGUAUACCAUGUUUAUGCUGUCUCACCUUAAAGAUCUAAAGCGACAGUAACAGAUAUUGAUGCAAAUGCUUAUGAUUAACCUUACGUUGCCACUCAAUACGCACACCCAUAAAUAACACUUGAUCUAACAUAUACACUAGCAUAGCAUAUUAGGUCCUAUAGGCAUUUAUGCUAUCAGUUCAAGCUUUAUCUUUUGUUGUUAUUAUGUCUAAGACCUGGUUACCUCACCAUGAUGUGACCUACCAAGCGGUAACUCUAAGGCACUUAUUCAGAGACAUACCGGUUGCAAGCAUGUUAACUUACAAUGAGUGAAAUAGCCUCUGGAGCAAUAGGGCAAACAGCGAGUAACCAGUCCUUUUCUAACACAAUAGUCAGCAUGUUCCUGCUAGAUCACGGUUUCCUCUCAUAAGUGUAAUUCUACGUGCCAGAGCAGUUAGGAUGCUACAAGCAUAUAUACUGGCAAAUAGAUUGUUAAUGCAUAGAGAAAACUACUUAAUUUACCAUACCUUUAAACAAAAAGUGCAAGUUUUUAAAGCCACUGUUUAAUCUUAC